GUCUGGUUUCCUUCCGUGCGGAAACUGCUUCGUAAUGGUUCCCCAGGAUCGAUUCUUCGCGCUCGAGCGCUUUGGCAAGUUCGACCGGACUCUGGCUCCAGGCCUCAGCUGGGCCGGUUUCGAUCUUUGCGGAGCUUGCGUGGCUUUCCGGUCCAUCAGCAGCAGAGUGGUGCAGAGCUUCAUUCGCGUCACGACCAAGACGCUGGACAACGUCUUUGUGUAUGUGAUGGUGGCUGUUCAGCACACCGUCACUGCAGAAGGUGCGCAAGAUGCGCUAUACAAGCUUGAGGACGUGACCGAACAGCUGGACUCUUAUGUGUCGGAUGUCGUCCGAUCCUUUGUGCCCACGCUGUCACUGGAUGAGUGCUUUGAGCGCAAGGAAGAGAUCUCCAUGGCAGCGGAGGAGAAGCUAAAGGCUGAGAUGGUCCAGUAUGGCCUGACCAUCCUUAAGGCGCUGGUCAUCGACAUCCAGCCAGACCACAGUGUUGUUGCAUCCAUGAAUGAGAUUAACAAGCAAAAACGACUGAGAGAUGCUUCCCAAAUGGCGGCUGAAGCACACCAAGUCAGGGUCGUACGAGCAGCAGAAGCGGCCGCGGAUGCGGCCCAACUGGCGGGUGAGGGCAUUGCGAGACAACGAAGAGCAAUCAUCGACGGGAUACGCGAUUCCAUCACGUUUGGCACGGAGGACUUGUGGUCAGUACUACGAGACGCUAAAAGAUGUAUCGUCUGGGAGCAAAUCCAGCACAGUGUUCCUGGAUAG